AGACUAACUACAAGGAAGAAGUGAGAUGACUAUGAUGAUGAUGAUGUCUCUCCCCAAAAUGAAAGUAUCUUCUCUGCAACCUCAUCUCCAUCUGAGCAGUAGCAGACUAUUACCAGCAGCUAAGGUGUCUCCUAGCUCAAGCAUAAGCACCAGACCAUCAUGCCGUGUUCAGUGCAGAAGAUUAACGGUGGAAAGUAACAGAACCAAGCUUGAAAAGACACAAACUUUGGGUUUGGAGAAGAAGCAACUGAGACAAGCUUUGGUGACUGGUGUCUCGGUAGGGUUGAUGGUGGCUUUGGUGAUGGGAAUGGACGGAGAAAAGGCGUUGGCUUUGGGACCAGAAGGUCCUUUGAUGGAAGAGUUUUGGGACAACGUGAGAAGGUACGGUCUUUACGCUCUCACCGUCAGCACAGGAGCUCUCUCUGCUGUCUUUGAGCCCAUCUUCGAACUCCUCAAGAACCCAAUCUCCGCCGUUCUCAUUGUGAUCAUCUUAGGUGGAAGCUUCUAUAUCGUCUCGCAAGUGGUCUCGGCUAUGGUUGGUGUCAACGAGUUCGCUUAUGAUUACGGAUACUAGAGAGUUUGUUUGUUCUGUUUCAUUAAUAAUACUCUGUUAUGGUCAUUGAUACUCUGUUUAUGCAUAGUCUUAUAAUCUAUUUGAUUUUGUUACACAAUCAAUCAAUGAGUCAGUGACAUUUUAUUUGACAUAAAGGGACCAACUUUGUA